GUAGCUGACGCGCCAAUUCAUCCCCAUAUCCUAACCGAAGAAAAGAAAAACCCCUACGUGCCCUCGUUCCCGCCCCUGCGACGAAUUUGCCGGAGCCCCUCCCGGUAACUAAAAUUGUGGUGGAGCAAGCAAGCAAUCGAGUACGUAUAAGAAAACCCAACAAAUAACCAUAAAACGGAUGGCCUUCGCUGCGCCCGCAUUGGGAUCGACUCUUUUCUCACGCAUCCUCCGUCCCUUCUCGACGACUAGCUCGCCUUUCCAGUCCGUGACCUCUCCGUCAACAACCGCCGCCAACAUGUCGCAAACCACGCAGACGGCGACCGUGGCCGCCGGGUGCUUCUGGGGCGUCGAGCACCUGUUCCGCAAGAACUUCGGUAACGGGAAGGGUCUGCUUGAUGCGAAGGUGGGAUAUUGUGGUGGGAGCAGUGCCUCUCCGUCGUAUCGGGCUGUGUGCACGGGUGAGACUGGACACGCCGAAGCCCUCCAGAUGACAUUCGAUCCCUCCAUCGUGACCUACCGCUCCCUUCUCGAAUUCUUCUACCGCAUGCACGACGCGACGACCCUUAACAGCCAGGGCCCCGACGUCGGCACGCAGUACCGCAGUGUGAUCUUCACCCACGGCGACGAGCAGUUGCAGAUCGCCAACGAUGUGACAGACAAGGUCAGCAAGGAGUGGUACAAGGAGCCCGUGUCUACUGUCGUCGUGCCGGCUGGCCAGUGGUGGGAUGCCGAGGAGUACCACCAGCUCUACCUGAACAAGAACCCUGCCGGAUAUGAAUGUCCUGCUCACUUCGUGAGAUCCUUCCCUCCGCUUUCCGCUUGACUCGGAGCCGGUGCUAGGAUUUAGGCAGUCUAGGUGUAAGGGGUGUGAAUUUGCAUCAUUGCAUGGGGUUUGUGUUGGGGGUGCGGCUCUGAAGUGAGUUCAUGUGGUUGUUGGUGGUGGUGGUGGUGGUGGUGGUGGAUAAAGAGGAUGUGUGUGGUUUGUAC